CGAAGCCACUGUUGAAUGACCAUAGUCAGAGACCAGCUUGCUAGCUUCCGACAGAGAAAAACAAAAGGUGACUGUCCGAAUUCGAAGAAAAAGACGGCGAAGAGGAAGGGUUCGGCUGUCAAUGCGCCUGUCCAGGAGGAGGGUUCGGUAGCACCACAAAACAGUGAGCUCCCCCAAGGAGGGGCUGGUUUUGAAAGCACGUCAUGCAGCAACACCCUGGAGGGGACCAGAGGGGCAUUUGCAGCUCAGGAACGACAAGACUGUGAACUGGAUGAGCCUGGCCUGCAGGCACAGCAACAACAGCCACAGCCACAGCCACAGCCAACCCAGACAGCACACAGUCUUGAGCUCGAAGCCCUGCGCCUGAGCCUAAACAACAUGCAUACAGCACAGCUGGAGCUGACACAAGCCAACCUACAGAAGGAAAAGGAGACAGCAUUGACGGAGCUGCGGGAAAUGCUCAAUGGCCGGCGGGCCCAGGAGCUGGCGCUGCUGCAGAGCAGGCAGCAGUGUGAACUGGAGCUGAUGCGAGAGCAGCUUGCCCGGGAGAAGGAGGAGGUGGUGCUCCGCUGUGGGCAAGAAACAGCUGAGCUGAAGGAGAAGUUACGUUCAGAAAUGGAGAAAAGCGUCCAGAUGAUAGAGACUCUGAAGCAAGAUUGGGAAUCUGAGAGACAGUUAUGUCUGGAAAAUCUCCGCAAAGAAUUGUCUGCGAAGCACCAGUCGGAAAUGGAGGGUUUGCAAAACCAGUUUCAGAGAGAAUUAGCGGAACAGAGGGCUGAGCUGGAGAAGAUUUUUCAAGCCAAACAUGAGGCUGAAGUUUCCCUGAAGGAGACCCAGCACCAGGCAGCUGUCAAGAAGUUACAGGAAGACCUGCAGUCAGAGCAUUGCCAGUAUUUACAAGAUUUAGAGAUGAAAUUCAGAGAAAAGGAAAAAGAAAAAGAGUUGGAGUUAGAGAAUCUUCAAGCAUCCUAUGAAGAACUGAAGGCUCAGUCCCAAGAAGAAAUCAGAUGCCUAUGGUCCCAGCUUGAGUCUGUGAAAACCAAUACAGAGGAACUGAAUGGGUCGUGGGAGCCAUGUCUGGCCCAGGACUCUCACCUGGAGGAGCUGGAGCACCUGCGGUCAGACUUCGCGCAGCAGCAGCAGCAAGAGCGAGCCCAGCACAAGUUGGAGCUGGAGCACCUGCGGUCGGACUUCGUGCAGCAGCAGCAGCAAGAGCGAGCCCAACACGAAUUGGAGCUGGAGCACCUGCGGGUCUAUUUUGAGAAGAAGUUGAGGGAUGCUGAGAAGACAUACCAAGAAGACCUGACCUUGUUCCAGCAACGGCUGCAGGAGGCCAGGGAGGAUUCUCUGGAGUCUGGAGAGAUCAGUUCAUCCUGUAUAUUUCCAGAGGAGACAUCUGGCAGAGGAAGAAAGGAGCAACCUGAUCCACUUGAUCUUCAGCUGGAGCAGCUGAAGGAGAACUCGACAAGUUUACAAGCAGGACUGGAAGAAGACCCCAGGCAUGAAACAGGUGUGUUGAGUUCUUCCCUCAACUUCCAACUCAAGGAGAACAAGUCACACAGCUACCGCCUGAGGCCCGAGGAAGCAGAACAGGAGAGGCUCCCACUUACACUCUCAGAGCAGCACAGCCAAGAGCUUGCCCAGGAACAUCUGCAGUAUGCACAGGACAUGGCUAUGGAGGCCGAUGCUCAGGUGGCUGCCAGAAUCCUGACCUUGGAAGCUGAACACAAGGAUGUGUGUAAAGUUUCACUUCUUCAGACUGAACUCAAGGAAGCAGUUGAACUCUUGAAAAUAGAGAACAGGAAUUUACAGGAGAAACUGCAGCAUGAGACCCACCUGAAAGAGGAGCUGGAGAGGGUCAAACAUAGUCUAGUUGAAGACCAUCAGGUAAAACUAAAUAAAGCCGAGGAGAAGAUUCAGCUAAUGAAACAGGAGUUCCAGAAAAAGGAAGCCGAGUGGGAGCGUUCUCAUGAGGACUUCAAGAGAGACACUGAAGGGAGACUGACCUCCAUGUUUAUUGAGCUAAGAGAAAAGGCCGAGAGUGAGAAACAGUCCAUAAUAAGCAGGUUUGAGCACCGGGAGUCUGGCAUGAGGCACCUGCAGGAGCAGCAGGCGGCCCAGAUCUUGGACCUGGAGAGAUCUCUGAUGGAGCAGCAGGGCCGCCUGAGGCAGUUGGAACAAGAGCUCACUAGAGAUGAAGUUCUGCCCUGUAGCCGGUGUGGCCAGGAGCCCCUCAUGGCCCAGGAUGAGGAGCACAUCAUGCUGCUCCGUGUGAAGGAAGACUGUGCCCUCCAGCUGAUGAUGGCCCAGAAUAGGUUUUUGGAAGAGCGGAAAGAGAUUAUGGAGAAGUUUGCCAAGGAACAAGAUGCUUUCCUUCGGGACACCCAGGAGAAGCAUGCCCAUGAGCUUCAGCUCCUGCAGCAGGGACACCAGCAGCAGCUUCAGGCCCUGAAGAUAGAGCUUGAGACCAAGCACCACUCUGAGCUUGCUGAGCAGCUUGCCUCCCUGGAGAGCAAGCAGCAGGCACUUGUUGAGACUCAUGUGGCUGAAUUGCAGGUAAAACACAAUGCUGAAAUCAGCACUUUGCAGAUGAAACAUUUGACAGAUUUGCAUGCGGCGAAAUCCUUUUACUUGACCGACAUCGAGACUAUUCGGGAUGAGCACAGAAAGGCUUUGGAGCUUUUGCAAGCAGAGCUCGAGGACCAGCUUCAGAAAAAGGACUCUUCUCAUAAAGAGAUUUUGACACAUGAGUUGGAAAAACUGAAACACGAGGAGCUUCAGUCUGCAAAAGAUAGCUUGAGAAUCAAAAUACAUGCCAAACACACAGAGGAAGCGAAAGGCCUGGCUACUGACAUGCAAGGGACACAACAGCAGGAGGAACUGGCUAUGGCUGUGCACAAUCAAAGGCACCUGCUGGGGAAAGAUGGAAAUGCAGCCUUGGGUAGCGUGGGUGCUGAGGUCCUGCUGCACCCAGCUGUGCCUCAGGAGCUGGGAGACCCACACGCCGUUGAAAUGCAGAAGCCACAAGCAGAGUUGGCCAAAUCUCAAGAGCUGCCAGCAUCUCAGGAACAGGCUGCACUGGUGGUGGUGGCGCAGGCCUUUGACCCUUGCACUCGGAAGGCAGAGACAGGGCCCAUCUCUGAGUUCAAGCUGAAAGGCCAGGUCUUCUCGCUGAGUCGGGAGGUGGAAGAGUGCCGAGCUGAGCUGGAGAGGCUGCAGCAGAGGAGAGAGCGGGAGAACCAGGAGGACACCACUCUCAUCUGCAUGCUCAGGGCUGAUGCAGACCUGGCUCAGAGCAAAGGGAAGGUACUCCGAGAUGCUCUGAGGAGACUGCUUGGUUUGUUUGGAGAAACACUGAAGGCAGCCGUCACCCUAAAGAGCCGAAUCAGUGAGCGUGCGGGGCUCCUCCUGGACCAUGUGGAUGCUACAGAUACAAGUGAUGCCCAGUUAGCAGCCGCAGCCCUUGGCGAUAUGUGGUCUGAUGAGGGUCUACUUGAGAUAGACAGAACUUUGCCUGAAGGGGCAGAGACAUCUUCAGUGUCUGAAAUUAGCAGUCAUGUAUGUGAAAGCUUUUUUAUGAGCCCCGAAAACACACUGGAAUGUGAGCAGCCGAUUAGGAAAGUCUACCAGAGCCUCAGCACGGCCGUGGAUGGCCUCCUGGAGAUGGCCCUGGACUCCUCCAAACAGCUGGAGGAAGCACACCAGCUCCAUUGUUGUGUUGAGAAAGAGCUCCGUCACAGGAAUGAGGAGAUGGCACAGGCUGUGCAGAAGCAGCAGGAGCUGCUGGAACACCUGAGGCAGGAGAGUGCAGCCAAGGAUGGGCUGACACUGGAGUUGCACAUGGCAGAGGGUCUCCUGGAAGGACUCAGGGUGGAGAAAGCAGAGCUGCAGGAGGCCCUGGACAAAAAGGAGGAGUCGGAACAGCAGCUGAUUCUAGAGCUAGAGAGCCUGCAGAAGCAGCUGCAGCAAGUGGCCCAGGAGCUGGUCACUCUGAGGGAAGAAAAUUCUGUCUUGUGGAACCAGAAGGAAACUUUCACUAAUGAAGCAAAAGAACGAGAAGCGGCGCUGCAGAAGGAAGUGGAAUCUCUGUCCAGAGACCAGUGGGAGGCCAGGAAGCAGUCUGAGAAGGACCGCGCCACCCUGCUCUCUCAGAUGCGAGUCUUGGAGUCUGAGUUGGAAGACCAGCUUGUGCAGCACCGGGGCUGUGCCCAGCUGACUGAGGAAGUGGCCACCCUGAAGCAGGAGCUGGCUGCCCUAGACAAGCAUUUACGUAGCCAGCGUCAGUUCAUGGAUGAGCAGGCUGCUGAGCGUGAGCACGAGCGAGAAGAGUUCCAACAGGAGAUCCAAAGGCUGGAGGAGCAGCUCCGCCAGGCAGCCCGGCCACGGCCUCCUGGGCCCCGUGAUAGCCAGUGUGCACAGCUAGAUGAGGAGGUGGAAUUAUUACAAGAAAAAUUGAGAGAGAAAUUAGAUGGAUUUAAUGAAUUGGUCAUAAAGAAAGAUUUUGCAGAUCAACAAUUGUUAAUCCAAGAAAAAGAAAUUAAACGUCUUGAAGAGACAAAUGUCAGCCUACAAAGACAAGUGGCCCAGCUCCAGGAAGAACUGGAAAAACAGAAAAAAAACAUGGAAGAAUUAAAAUGUAGGCUGGAUGAAGCCGAGUGCCCUAAGCCUUCUCAGGACAGCUCUUCUAGGGGUCCAGAAACUCAACCAGAGGUAACAGAGAGCACACACCUAGAGCCUGAGAGUGAGGUUGUACCCAGUAGAAACUCUGAGAUUGAAGAGCUGAAAGCCAUCAUCGAAAAUUUGCGGGAAAACCAAGAACAAUUACAGAAGGAUAAAGCAGAAGAAAUUGAACAACUCCAUGAAGUCAUCGAGAAGCUGCAGAGUGAGCUGACCCUCAUGGGGCCCAAGGUGCAUGAACUCAGUGAUCAUCAGGCUAGCAGUCUCCACACUGAGCUGUCCUGCCUCCGUGCAGAAGGCCAGCAUGGACAGGCGCUAUGGAAUGAGCUGGAAGCAGCACAGGCAGCCAAGGAGGUGUUUGGCCAGCUUCUGGCAGACCAGGCACACGGACAUAGCCAAGUCCUGGAGGCAUUGCAGCAGCGUCUACAAGACGCAGAGGUUGUUGCAGCAAAGCGCUUGGCUGAACUAGAACAUUGUGUGGCCCUCAGAGAGGCUGAGGUUGAAGGCAUGGCCUCCCGGAUCCAAGAAUUUGAAGCUCUCCUGAAGGCAAAGGAAGCAAUCAUUGUACAGAGAGAUCUAGAAAUUGACAGCAUGAACAAGUGGAAAGCGACCCAUUCCCUUGAGCUGGAGACCAUCCUUUUGCCUUUGGCCCACUUCCGUCGUGCUCUGGAACAGCAGACCUUGGCCACCUCAGACGAGCCUCCUGAGCUACAGCAGCUGCGAAUACAGUGUGCUCGCCUCAGCCACCAGCUGCAGGUGCUGCACCAUCGUUUCCUGCAGUGCCAGAUGGAGCCGGACCAGCAGCAGGCUCCGGUAGCACCUGCUGACUGCUCGUCCCCUGGUGCAGAUGCACAGGCUGCACGUGGUCAGUGGCAACAGGACAGUGUCAGUAUGGGGCUGGCCUCGGCGCCACAGGACAAUCUACAGCCUGCCAAAGUCCUUGUGACACUCAAGGAUGCCAGUCUCCACAAAACCGAAAGUGUGAUGUCCGUGCUCGAGGUCUGCCAGAGGCGGCUGGAGGCGGAGAUGCUUUUAAUGAAAAAUGCUAUGCGCUUGGACAUGGAGAAUGACAGGGAGGUUCCCAAAGGGAUGCAGGCUAAGGAGCAGCAGCUGGAAGAUUGUCAGCUGGGCAGUGGGGAUCUCAUCAUCCAGGUGCAACAACUGCAGGAGAAACUGAACCACUUGGUGCAUUCCAUGGCCUCUAGGGACACCAGCAUGGAAAACCCCAAGUCAGAGCGGCCAAGCCUGUCAGAAAAUGGUUCAAGCAGUGACUGUCAUAAUGACGAAGACAUCAGUGCAUCACUUCCCAUUGAUGUAUUUAGUAUUGGUAAAACCACAUGGGAUGUAAUUGACGUCAUUAAAAAUCAGGAUUUGUUGGCCCAAGUUGAAAUGCCAAGUUUUCCCACUCAGGAACCAUUAACACCACAAGGUGGAUCUCUUUCCUCGCAAGUCAGCGUGCACAGUGACUCCCUCCACCCUGAGGAGGCUGAGCCCCAGAAGGACCCAGCGAGGGCAUUGGACCUGUCUUCCUGGAGCUCCCCCGAGGUCCUCCGGAAGGACUCAACCCCCGAGCCCCAGCACAGCCUCCCCCUGACACCCUGCACAGGCACAGUGAGCCUGCACAGUGUGGACACCUCCUCCCAAGACUGGACAGACUCACUGCAGCUGGCCGAUGCGUCAGGGUUGCUUUGUUACCCGGGCAAGUCAGCAACAGCACAGGCCCCGCUGUGGGUGGUGACUCCUUCGGCUGAGAACCACCAUGUGGAGAGGCCAGCUACGGAGAAGGAUGUCGAAGACUUUAUCGUAACAUCUUUUGAUUCUCAAGAACUGUUAACAACAUCCCCUCAUGAAUUAACAAGAAGUGAUGCAACUGGGAAAAGCGAUUGCCCAAGUGGUGGUAUGAUGCUGACUUUGGGUUCAGGGGGAUCUGAGACUCCCCGCAGCAGCCCUGUGGCUGCUGCUGUUGUACCUUUCUCCAGAAGGUUUGACCAGUCACCAGGAGCAAUGAAGGAGAAGGAAAUCCAUGCAAAGCAUAUGAAGGCUUUGCUGCAGAUGGUAUUUGAUGAGAGCCACCAGAUACUGGCCUUGUCAAAGAACCAAGACCUCCCUAAUUCACUGAGCAAGGGUGAACCACGUGACCCCCUGGAUGGCCUCCCAAGGGACAGGCAGGCCCUUUUGGAGGCGACAGCUGACAGAGGAGAGAAGGAACCUUCGGAAACAUGCCUUACAUGGAGUGGGGAGCUUUUGCGGGCAAUACAAGAAGUGUUUGCCAGAGAGCAGGAGAACGCUGAGCUGCAGUCUAGACCCUAUGGCUUAGAUCUAGGAGAUUAUAAUGUCCUGUUCAAGAGGCUGGAGAAGGUUAUUAAAGAGCAGGGAGACCUGCAGAAGGUCCAGUGUCUGCCAGACAGGAGCAGCUUGCUGUCUGAGAUUCAGGCUCUGCGUGCCCAGCUCCGCAUGACACACCUGCAGAACCAAGAGAAGCUGCAGCAGUUGUGUGCAGCCCUGACAAGCACAGAGGCCCGUGGGAGCCAGCGGGAGCACCAGCUACGAAGACAAGUUGAACUGUUGGCAUACAAAGUUGAACAGGAGAAGUGCAUAGCAAGUGACUUACAGAAAACCUUGAACAAAGAGCAAGAGAAGGCCAGUGACGUCCGGAAGCUCCUGAUGGUGGAGCAGAGUGCAGUACAGGAUUUGAAGUCGGAGCUGCAUGCGUGUAAGCAGGAGAACACGCGGUUGUUGGAGUCCCUGGACAAGGUGCAGCAGGAAGUCCUUCGUCUCAGAGCCAUGCUUGACGGGAAGGAGAAUGAACUGAAGGGUGUACUUCAGGAGCUGGAGUGUGAGCGUGGAAAGGAGCGGGCCCUUCAGGCCCAGCACGAGGAGCAACAGCUGCGGCACCUGCAGAGGGAAGGCCAGAGCUCCAGGGCCCUGGAGGAGUUAAAAAUGUCUUUGGAGAAGCAGCGUGCUCAAAAUAACCAACUAUGCGUCGCUUUAAAACACGAGCGUGCAGCCAAGGACAACCUGCAGAAGGAGCUGCAGAUCGAGUCCUCCCGCUGUGAAGCCCUGCUGGCACAGGAGAAGGGCCAGCUUUCUGAACUGCAGAAGAGCCUAGAGGCCGAGAGGAGCCGCUCCCUCGAGCUUUCAGAGGCCUUACAGCAUGAGCGGCUCUUGACGGAGCAGCUGAGCCGCAACAUGCAGGAAGCCUGUGCGCGCCAAGAGACACAAAUUCAGCAUGCCUUAUUGCGGAAGCUGAAAGCCGAGAAGGCACGUGCCCUGGAACUGGAAAGCAUGCUUGAAAAGGUGAAGAAAGAGGCUGCACAUACACAACAGCAACUGGAGUCUCAGGCUCAGGAGCGCUGUGUAGAGCUCAGGAAAGAGAAGGAGGUAAGUGGCAGCCUGAGGUCAGCCGUGGAUGCCCUGCAGACUCACAGGCAGGAGCUGGGAUGCUGUCUGGAGAGAGAGAGGGAGAAAUCAGCGUGGUUGCAGGCAGAAUUAGAACAGUUAUCCUCAAGAGUGAAAGAGCAAGAAGGACGCAAGGAAGCCAGGAGGAUGGAGAGGAGGCCAAGCCGAACAGACGUGGAAAAGAAGAAGUGGCAGACAGACAAGGAGAAGCUGCGAGAAUUAGAAUUACAAUGCCAGCGUGAUGAGCAUAAAAUCGAGCAGCUUCAGCAAAUGGUGAGAGAGUUGAAGCGGAAAGAGAAGGUUCCUGGGGGAGAUGGCGCUUGCCGGGUUUCCCCCCGCUUGGGUUCUUUGGAUCUGGACCAUGUCCAGGAACAGCAACAAGAGCUGGAGAAGAUCCGGCAACAGCUACUGUGUGCAGCGGGGCUCCUCACAAGCUUCACCAACCACACUGUGGACAGGACAAUUAAAGAUUGGACGUCAUCAAACGAGAAGGCGGUGUCAUCCUUAAUGCGCACCCUUGAGGAACUGAAGUCUGAACUAAGCAUUCCGGCCUCCUCUAAGAAAAAGAUGGCUGCAGAGCUCCACGUCCAACUCAUGAAUGAACUGCUGAGAGACAACGACACCCUUACAAAAGCCAUCAGCAUGGCGACUCAAGAGAAAGCGGAGCUGUGCAGGACUGUGUCCCGGCUGGAGAAGACCCUGAAACACCACAUGCAGAAGGGCUGCAUUCUCAGUAGGCAAAGCAAGUCUUCGGGGAAGCAAGAUGGGAUGGUUCCUCAGAGUCCUCUACGAAACUCAGAUCCAGAGUGGCACACAGCAACUACAAGCAUGGAAGCAAAUACGUACAAUACCAAGAUGGAGAAACUGUACCUGCACUAUCUGAGAGCAGAGAGCUUUAGGAAAGCUCUCAUUUACCAAAAGAAGUAUCUCCUGCUGCUGAUUGGUGGAUUCCAGGACUCUGAACAGGAAACUCUCUCCAUGAUUGCUCAUCUGGGGGUAUUUCCUUCCAAGGCAGAUAAGAAAAUAACUACAUCACGUCCUUUCACGAAGUUCCGCACUGCUGUGAGGGUAGUCAUCGCCAUACAGAGGUUGCGAUUUCUGGUUAAGAAAUGGCGAGAAGUGGAUCGGAGAGGAGCACUAAUACAUGGCAAAGGCUCCCGCCAAGGACAUCGAAUGUCCCGGAGACAGCAUUCUCUGUCAGAAACCAGAGCAUCCCUGCCAAGCAAAGAAGUUUCCUCAGGCCACACCAAGGACGCUAGACACAGCCUCAGAUCCUUGGCAGCAGUACCACUGGGCAAGGUGGAAAGAUCAACUUCAUCACCAAAUUCACGGUUAGAAAGAUCCCUGACUGCUUCUCAAGAUCCAGAACAUUCCUUGACAGAAUAUAUCCAUCAUUUGGAAAUGAUCCAGCAGAGACUUGGGGGGUUACCAGCAGAUUCUACUCAGAAAUCCUGCCACCAGAAGGUUAAACAAUGAAUAAAGUCUUAUGGCUCUUACCCUGUGACAGUUGUAUCUGAGGAGAAAUGGUUUUCCUAAGGAAAGCUCACGGUAUGGUCUGGGACACACUGAUACUGCAGGAGUCAUGAUACCAGCCCCUAGGAGCCACCGAGUGCUCCCACCUCAACACACUGCUAAACGGAGCGCUUUUCCCUCCUUCCCUCCUCCCAGUGAGCAAUGGCUGUGUUGUACUCUGUGCCUAUUGAUAGAGCCUCUGCCUCUCCUGUGUCAGAAGUGGAGAGUGGGUUCCAGUUGUCUAUUUUCUUAACGUGUAAGGAUGGAAAGUUAAUUUUAAAAUAAACACAUAGGAAGGAAAUAAUAAAGUUUACUUUUGCUUAUUGA